ACACUUCAGGGAAACUUCGGCCCGGCCGCGGCCGUGAAAGGCGCUGGGGCAGCCUGCGCCGCGCCGGACACCCUCCGCCUGAGCCGGGCGGGCGGAUCCCCGAGGGCUGCCGGCGAGCCCGCUCCUUGUUCCCCCUCCCGCCCCAACGUGGCCCCGGGAUGUUGGGCUAGUGAGGCUGGGGCGAGGAGGAGGAGCAGCAUGAGAGGCAAUGGGAGCGGGCUGAACGCCUCCCACCCGCCCGCGGAGCUCAGCCUGGACCGGCCCGCCUGGGUGGCUUCCACUUUGGCCGCCAUCCUCAUCUUCACCAUCGUGGUGGACGUCCUGGGCAACCUGCUGGUGAUCCUGUCCGUGUACAGGAACAAGAAGCUGCGGAACGCUGAUUUCCCUGGAUGACUUUUGCAUACCCAGGGAGAAAAUGGGUAGCCCAAGAAAUGUUUGGAUCAUCGGAGAGAGAGAACAGCUGUAGAAGACCAAAUAAUAACACGAAAAAUAAGGGUCUGAAGAAAAUUGACUGAAAUAUUGAUGGCAAUGAACAUUUGGUAUUUCAGACUUGAGUUACUUCAGGUAGCAAAAAUGGAAAUAUAUUUGUUGUAAGCCUGGCCAUUGCAGACUUGGUAGUGGCGAUCUACCCAUACCCACUGGUCCUGACAUCUGUAUUUCAUAAUGGAUGGAAUCUGGGCUACCUCCACUGCCAAAUUAGUGGUUUCCUGAUGGGCCUAAGUGUUAUUGGAUCAAUAUUCAACAUUACAGGCAUUGCUAUUAAUCGAUACUGCUACAUCUGCCACAGCCUCAAGUAUGACAAGCUGUAUAGUGACAAGAAUGCUCUGUGCUAUGUCAUUCUCAUCUGGAUCCUGACAUUUGUUGCUAUUGUUCCCAAUCUGUUUGUUGGAUCUCUACAAUAUGAUCCACGGAUCUACUCGUGCACAUUUGCACAAUCUGUGAGCUCACCAUAUACAAUAGCAGUGGUGUUUUUCCAUUUCAUGCUUCCCAUAGCCAUAGUUACUUUCUGUUACUUGAGAAUAUGGAUCCUUGUUAUUCAGGUAAGGCGAAGGGUUAAACCUGACAACAAGCCCAGGCUGAAGCCACAUGACUUUAGGAACUUUGUCACCAUGUUUGUGGUAUUUGUACUGUUUGCGAUCUGCUGGGCUCCUUUGAACUUCAUAGGCCUGGCUGUGGCUGUUGACCCAGACACAAUAAUCCCCAGGAUUCCAGAGUGGUUGUUUGUAUCCAGUUACUACAUGGCAUAUUUCAACAGCUGCCUUAAUGCCAUCAUAUAUGGACUCCUGAACCAGAAUUUCAGAAGAGAAUACAAGAGAAUUAUUGUCACAAUUUGUACAGCAAAGGUUUUCUUUCAGGAUAGUUCUAACGAUGCAGCAGAUAGGAUGAAAACCAAACCCUCACCACUGAUUACGAACAACAAUCAAGUGAAGGUAGACUCUGUGUGAAAAUGGGGCCCUCACCAUUGCCAAUCUACAACAUUCAAACCCUAGAUCUGUUUUAUUAGCCACACAGUUGAAGUGCUGUAGUGAAAUACCAGUCCUAUAUGAAAGGUACUUGGACAAUGUUCUGUGUACAGUAUUUGUGAGCCAAAGUAACACAGCCUUGACAUAAAGAGCCUCCUGUUGUA